AUGGAUUCAGAAGACGGGGAGCUGUAUAUCAAGCGUUUGGCUGCCUAUGUGCGAACGAACGAGAAGGCCUUAGCCAAUGCCUUACAAUUUCGGAGGCAACCCGCCCGACAUGGCACCAGCCAGAGUGUUUCCUCUAUUCAGACUCCAAGGUCACCGGCCUUGCCCGAACGUCCCUCAACCUCCGCCUCAGCAUCGAGUCCCCUUGCGACGGCAUUGUCCUUUGGCUCAUUGAGCUUAACAUCUAAUUCUGUCAAAUCAGCAAGGCUGAGCCUUACACCUCAUCACUUAUUCUACUUACUGUCUCGCUUCGAAGAGCUAGGAAUACAUGUUGGACCCAUGAAAGUGCGUCUAGAAAACCUACAUGACACUUCAGCCUCGGCCAACUAUGUGUCAUUCUUGAGCUCUUCUCAACAUACUAAGAGUCGUGGUUCUGAUGUGGUAUCGAUCCGUUCUGUAUCGAGUAUUCGAAGUGUCAUGACCGGGAUGUCGGCUAUAUGGAAUAGUAUUGGAAUUGGGUCGAGUAUAUCCGCCGCCCGAAUGGAAAGGCAAAAGGCUGCCCUGCAAGCGGAUAUGAAAUAUGUCUACUCUGCAUUCACCAAGAUACCAUGCCUCCGACUGGCACCUGACUGGCAAACGAAAUUGAUUAAAGGAUAUGAGGAGUUUCCCUUCGAUUCGGCAGUUCCUCUCUACGUAUUCAAGAAUCUGCAAUCAUUAGAAGUCAAUGGUGUGGACUACAGACAAUUCUUUGGUUGGGACCGCGUAGCAGACCAGAUUCGAUCUCUCACUCUCAAGCGUGCCAAUAUCGAGGAUCCCGCAGAUAUACUCAUUGACAUCGUAUUGGAUGACAUGGAUAAGAGGCGGCGUCGGUCUUCGAAGGCACAAUCGUCCCCUACGGGUGCAUAUGCGCAUGCUUCGAAUCCGAGACGGAGCCCUACGAUUUCGUAUUCGGAUUCUCAUAAAUCCGCCAUCGCGCCAGAAAUCCCGGAGCGUCGAUAUUCGGUAGCCGACAUACAUGUAGGAUCGGUUAGCACCGAUUCAACUGACAGCAUAUCAGCUCAGGACUCUCGCCGUCCUUCAGUCUCCAGGAUCGAAACCGACGAGCCAAGAUCUAAUAAGUCGUCACGGCCCAGAAGCCAUUCUCCCAACCGCCCCGCUACUUCUCGUCACCAUACAACAAACCCAAGAGGUUCUCAUAAAGUCAGGCGUUCGGGCUCUGGCAGUUCACAUUCGAGCCUGUCGGAUUCGUGGCAUAACCCAAGAAAUAGUGCUUCUAACUUAUUAUCCAUGGGUAUUCUCCCAGCGUCCAAGUGGCGAGUUCUGAAGCAUCUAAGCUUAGCAGACAACUCCUUAACAGUGAUACCAGCGGCCAGUCUUGCUCCAUUGGCGAACACCCUGAACUCCUUAGACCUGUCAACAAACCUUUUCACGCAGAUACCUGAUAGUCUAGCGACUCUUACAGCCCUUCGGGCCCUUAACCUCUCACAUUGCAUGAUCGACUCCCUGCAUUCUUUACUCCGUAACCCUCUCCCGGCUAUCAGCGCCUUGAACCUUCGUGCAAACCGUCUUCACUCAAUCGCAGGGAUUGAGAAACUAUAUCCACUAGAAAGACUAGACCUAAGAGAUAACCGUUUGACCGACCCAACGGAACUGGCUCGCUUAACCGGAAUUCCUGAUAUCCGCGAGAUUUAUGUUGAGGGUAAUCCUUUCGUGCGCACUCAUCGAGACUACCGAAUCACGAUUUUCAAUCUUUUCCGCAACACCCCCGGGUAUACAGAGGAUAUCGUUAUUGAUGGUUCAGGCCCGAGCCUUUCGGAGAGGAGAUAUCUCGUGGAACGUGUUGCUAUACCCGCUGCCGUCCCCGUAGUGAAGCCUCCCGUCCCGGAAAUACCCGCCGUGGACGUGAGCAAGCCGGCCAUCAUUCAUGAAACACCGAAGGAGCCCAAUGUCUUGCGUAAGGAACGACCCUCCCGUCCUACCCCAAAAGCCGUAGCUAGCGAGAUCAACACAACCUCCACCAGACGUCGGCGUACCCCGAAACGUAGGAUUGUUGAUCUUGCUACAAAUGAUCGCGUUAGUGAUGCCACGCAGCAGCGAGCCAGCGUUGAUGAGCCUACCUCUGCCACUCCUGAUUCGCCUGAUGCAACCGUAGAGUCGGAAAGUAACUACCGUGUCUCCCAUCCUCCUGAGACGCAAGACCUACAAUCGAAAGUACACUCAGAAACAAGGCCAUCUGACACUGGAAAUCCGCCGGAGGUGCCACGAAUUAAUACUACUACUGUCUUCGAACAGCCGGUAUCAUUCCUGAAUAAAGAUACCUCGGAAUUGUGGAAGGAUGCUCAAGAUUGGAAUGUCAGUGGCGAAAUCUACCGGCAAAAGAUCGAAGCGUUAAGAGACAAAGUUGGCAAUGGUUAUCUAAGCGUUCUUAACGAGGAAAGCUGGGAGCCAUCUCGACCAGCGUUCGCGGCUGAUGACUUUAGUCCCGCAUCAACAAUACGACCCGGCUCUGCAACCCGUGCCUCUAGUGCGCAAGCAAUCACUACUGGCGGCAGUUUAGUCUGA